AUGAUGGACCGUCCUGUUUGGAGCACCGAUAAGGCCAUUCGGGAGGUGAUGAACAACUUCAAGACGUAUUUCUGCAAAGAAAACAAGUGCUUGAAAGAAACUCAAGAUAGACUCGACAACUUUUGCAAAGACGCACUCCGGUUUCUGUGUCCUUCCAAUGAUAAAAGCUGCUCUGGAGGGCCUGUGGCGAGGAAGGACGUAGGGACUCUCACACAGCAAACGCAGAUGUGGCGCUGCUAUAGCCCUUUUGCUCUCUCUGGUGACUUUAGCAGCACCUGCAUUUGGGGCUGCUUACCACAUGAGGUUGCCUGCCAAAGCGGAGUCAAAGGAAGGAUAAGCGACGAACACUGGAGUCUGACCUCUCCUCUAGAGAGCAUAAUCAGGCACGCUAGGGCAGAAGCAUACAAAGCCGGAGAGAAAUAUGUUCUGCAGAAUCUGCUGGAUAAUGCAUGCAAAGAAGCUUUAGCCUCGAAGUGCCCACCAGAAAAAGACAGUUGCAAGGGUGGAGCCGUGGCUCGCAAAGAUCUGCCUAGCCCGCAGGCAACGACAAAAGCCUGGAGCUGCUACCACCCCAAAGCUAUCAUCAAUACGACCUUCACAGCUCUUUGCAUCUCUGACUGUGGAGAGGAUGUCCAAUGCCUGCACGGUACUAAUCCAGCGAAGGGUAUGGUCUGGACGAGCGAGGUUGACCUAGAAAAACUGAUAUCGGACAACGUUCACCAAACAUGUUACGGUACAGACCCUCCAGGAGCUUCCAAUGCUCUUCAGAGAGAGCUUGACAAGUAUUGCAGAGAACUGCUUUCGGAUAGAUGCACUGGAGAUUUUUGCAUGGGAGGCGCAGUGGCACGCAAGGAUGUGGGAGACUCUAGCCAACGGGAAAAGCAGUGGCGGUGCUACAGCCCCAGUCAGCUAACAACUUUAGAAGACACAGCCUUGUGUGUAAAUGAAUGUGGGGAGGAGAUUAGCUGCAAGCAGGGCGUCAGCAUGGGCGUCAGCAGUCUGCACUGGACUGAACCGGCGAUUCUGAGUCUCAUUGAGGAGAAAAAGAAGAAAGAUUGCAACGUCGCAGCAUGA